AGGCAGAGAGAGUGAGAGAGAGGAGAUAAGGAAGGAGAAAGAGAGAGAUAAGGAGAGAGUGAGUGUGAGAGAGAGAGAGAGAUGAGGAGAAUGUGGGUGUGAGAGCGAGAGGGAGCCAAGGAGAGAGUAUGUGUGUGAGAGAGAGAGAGAGGGAGAUAAGGAGAGAGUGGGUGUGUGAGAGAGAGAGAGAGAUAAGGAGAGAGUGGGUGUGAGAGAGAGAGAGAGAGAUAAGGAGAGAGUGGGUGUGUGUGAGAGAGAGAGAAAGAGAGAUAAGGAGAGAGUGGGUGUGAGAGAGAGAGAGAGAAAGAGAGAUAAGGAGAGAGUGGGUGUGAGAGAGAGAGAGAGAGAUAAGGAGAGAGUGGGUGUGUGUGAGAGAGAGAGAAAGAGAGAUAAGGAGAGAGUGGGUGUGUGUGAGAGAGAGAGAAAGAGAGAUAAGGAGAGAGUGGAUGUGAGAGAGAGAGUGAGCUAAGGAGAGAGUGGGUGUGUGAGAGAGAGAGAGAGAUAAGGAGAGAGUGGGUGUGUGUGAGAGAGAGAGAAAGAGAGAUAAGGAGAGAGUGGGUGUGAGAGAGAGAGAUGAGGAGAGUGUGGGUGUGAGAGAGAGAGAUGAGGAGAGAGUUGGUGUGAGAGAGAGAUGUGAGGAGAGUGUGGGUGUGAGAGCGAAAGAGAGAGGGAGGGAGAUGAGGAGAGAGUGGGUGUGAGAGAGAGAGAUGAGGAGAGAGUGGGUGUGAGAGAGAGAUGUGAGGAGAGUGUGGGUGUGAGAGCGAAAGAGAGAGGGAGGGAGAUGAGGAGAGAGUGGGUAAGACAGAGAGAGAUGACGAGAGAGUGAGUGGGUGAGAGAGAGAGAAGGAGAUGUUGUGGAGGGGGAGGAUGCAGAGUGUCAGCUGGAUUUGAGAGCGAGUGGCUGGCUGAGAUCAGCCUAUGUUAGGGUAUUGAGAGGGAGAGGGACACAGUGGUCGGACACAGUGACAGGGAGUAGCAGGUAAUCCUGUGCUUUCGGACCCUGGGCAGCAGCUCCGUUCGGAGACAGGAGGAGAGCUCUCCGGCUCCACUGAAACUGCCUGGCCUGCUGUGCUCAUCCAGCUCGACAGCCUGGUUCACCAGCAGCUCCUGUCAGUGCUUUUCACUGCUGUACCUGGGCCCCAGGCACCGGGAGCAGGAAGGAGCUAAUCACAAGGAGAUUGCGGUAAUAUUCAGUGAGGUGCAGGGUAUAAAGGGCCGGGCUUAAACAGCAGCAACGUACAGAUGGGAGACUGAGAUUUCAGCUCAUCGUUAGGUCGCGGAGAGCGGAGGAACGCACUGGGACAAGAGGUGUACCCCCCCCCCCCCCCCACCUCCACAAUCUCCCCCACAAACGCCCCUUAACCGUCCCUCACACACACACACACACACACACACAAACACACUCACACACACUCACACACACACACACUCACACAUACUCACACACACAGACACACACACACACACACAAACACACUCACACAUACUCACACACACAGACACACACACACACACACACACAGACACACACAGACACACACACACACAAACACAAACACACACACACUCUCACACACACACACACACACUCACACAGACACACACUCUCACACACACACUCUCACACACACACUCUCACACACACAGACACACACACAGACACACACAGACACACACUCUCACACACACACUCUCACACACACAGACACACACUCUCACACACACACACACAGACACACACUCUCACACACACACAAACACACUCACACAUACUCACACACACAGACACACACACACACACACACACAGACACACACAGACACACACACACACAAACACAAACACACACACACUCUCACACACACACACACACACUCACACAGACACACACUCUCACACACACACUCUCACACACACACUCUCACACACACACACACACAGACACACACUCUCACACACACACACACACACACACACACACAGACACACACUCUCACACACACACUCUCACACACACAGACACACACUCUCACACACACACACACAGACACACACUCUCACACACACACACACACACACACACACAGACACACACCCUGCCAUGGGCUGGGAGAUAGCCUCGGCCUACCGGUGGGGGCGAGGCGGGGAGGAGCAGGCCGCCGCUGGGGGCCGGGCCCAGAGGGUGAAGCGGAGGAAGCGGCAGCGCUACAUGGAGAAGAAUGGCAAAUGCAACGUAGAGCACGGUAACGUGAUGGAGACCUACCGCUACCUGACGGACAUCUUCACCACCCUGGUGGACCUGAGGUGGCGUUUCAGCCUCCUGGUCUUCGUGCUGGCCUACGCCCUGACCUGGCUCUCCUUCGCGCUGGUCUGGUGGGCCAUCGCCUACUACCGGGGGGACCUGGAGCGCCUCCAGGACAGGAGCUGGACCCCGUGCGUCAACAACCUCAACGGCUUCGUCUCGGCCUUCCUGUUCUCCAUCGAGACAGAGACCACCAUCGGCUACGGGCACCGGGUCAUCACCGACAGCUGCCCCGAGGGCAUUGCCCUGCUCCUCCUCCAGGCCAUCCUGGGCUCCAUGGUCAACGCUUUCAUGGUGGGCUGCAUGUUUGUGAAGAUCUCGCAGCCGAACAAGAGGGCCGAGACCCUGGUGUUCUCGGAGCGGGCCGUGGUGUCGCUCCGGGACGGCCGGCUCUGCUUCAUGUUCCGGGUGGGGGACCUCAGGAGCUCGCACAUCGUGGAGGCCUCCAUCCGGGCCAAGCUGAUCCGCUCCAAGCAGACGGUGGAGGGAGAGUUCAUCCCCCUGGACCAGACGGACAUCAGCGUGGGCUUCGAGACCGGAGACGACCGGCUCUUCCUGGUCUCCCCCCUCAUCAUCUGCCACGAGAUCGACUGGCGCAGCCCGUUCUGGGAGCUCUCCAAGGAGCAGCUCGACAAGGAGGACUUCGAGGUCGUCGUCAUCCUCGAGGGCAUGGUCGAGGCGACAGGGAUGACGUGCCAGGCUCGGAGCUCGUACCUGGGCGAUGAGGUGCAGUGGGGCCAUCGCUUUGUCUCGGUGCUCUCCCUCGAGAAUGGCCGCUACGAGGUCGAUUACAGCAGCUUCCACCAGACCUUCGAAGUUGCCACACCCGUCAGCAGCGCCCGCCAGCUGGCACAGGAAGAGGCCGCAGCCCAGGGCCACCUCUACUGGUCAGUGUCCAGCCGACUGGACCGUCCCAGUGGGCAGGAGGACCCCGAGGAGCCCCCCGCGCUGCCCGACGGAGCGUCCGAGGACCCGAACCGACAGCGUCAGCCCAACGGCAACGUGACCGAUUCUGAGUCCCGGCUGUGAGGGGGCGGGCCGGCGUUGGGGGGUGCGGGGUGGGCAUUGCGGGCUGGUGGUGGGGAAGAUAGCAUGUGGAUAGUAUCUCGGGCCUGUCUCCGCGCCACCCCCAAUCUCCCCACGCUGCCACCCCUCGCCCAGCAGGUGGAGCCAGAGCUGAGGAUAUUCGACCACAACGGCAUCACACUUCCGACAUCAAGGACAAUACCCUGUACCCCAAACCCACCACCAGCCCCCCCGGACACAGUCGUUCAGGCCCAGCGAUCCCACAGGCUCUCUCUGUGUGCGCUCAUGUCACCUCACCCAGGCUGUAAACCCCAUGACAAAUAAAACAGCAAGAUAACAACACUGCCACCUCCCCGGACUGUCUAUCUCGCGGGGCGAAGGGGUGGGCUCGGUGUGUGUGUUUGUUGGGGGGUAAGGUGGUGUGGGGGGAGAGAGAGAGUGAGACAGUGGGAGAGAUUCAGGGAGAGACACUGGGAGAGAGAGAAUGGAGAGAGACACUGGGAGAGAGAGAAUGGAGGGAGACACUGGGACAGAGAUAGAGAGAGAGAGAGAGAGGGAGGGAGAGAGAGACUGGACACGAGAUUGAGAGAGAGCAACUGGGAGAGAGAGAGAGUGACACUGGGAGAGAGAGAGUGACACACUGGGAGAGAGAGAGUGACACACUGGGAGAGAGAUUGAGAGAGAAAGAGCGAGACACUGGGAGAGAGAAUGAGAGAGAGAGACACUGGGGGGGAGAGAGAGAGAGAGAGAGAGAGAGAGAGAGAGACAGACACUCGGAGAUAGAAAGAGACACUGGGAGAGAGCAGAGAGAGAGAGAGAGAGACUGCGCUAGAGAUUGGGAGACAGAGUCUGGGAAAGAGAGAGUGAGACUGGGGGGGAGAGAGAGAGACUGGGAGAGAGAUUGUUACAGAGAGAGAGAGAGACACUGGGAGAGAGAAUGAGAGAGAGAGAGAGACACUGGGAGAGAUAGAGAGAGAGAUUGAGAGAGAGAGACACUGUGAGAGAUUGAGAGAGAGAGAGACUGGGAGAGAUUGAGAGAGAGAGAGACUGGGAGAGAUUGAGAGAGAGAGAGAGACACUGGGAGAGAUAGAGAGAGAGAGAGAGAGAGACACUGGGAGAGAUUGAGAGAGAGACACUGGGAGAGAUUGAGAGAGAGAGAGAGGGAAAUGGAACGAGAGAGACACUGGAAGAGAAAGUGUGUGGCAGAGAUGUUGCGAUCACCUCCAAAGAAUCCGCAACAUCUGCCCAAAUCCGACUGUUUCCUAUCUCCCACAUUCCAUCGCUCCAUCAUUCCCAUCUCCUUUUCCAAUCGUCACCCUCCAAACUCUGAAACGCUCCCUCUCUCCCUCACACAGCCCGUCCCCCGGGUGGGAAUAUCAAUGCUGGAAGAUGCGAUGGGGGAAUGUUUCCUGAUGGAGAAUUUGAACUGAAUUACCUUUUCCCCAGGAACAUCCAUGGCAUGCGGGCCUCUCUGACCAGGCCCAGCAUUUAUUGCCCUGACGGCCCACCAUGUGGGCCUGGAGUCACGUGUAGGCCCAGACUGGGGAAGGAUGGCAGUUCCCUUCCCAGAAGGGCAAGAGUGAACCUGGUGGGAUUUUCCCAACGAUGGAGCAAUGACUCGGAAUUCCAGAUAUGUUAUUGAAUCCUCCCCCAUGGCGGGGUUGGAACCCGGGUUCCCCGGAAUGUCAAGUGGUUCUCGGGAUUCGUGGUCCAGGGAUAAUGCCGCGAGGCCAUCGCCUCCCCCUUAAGCCACACGUACGUACGCAAACCCAGAGAAAGGUUUACACAUCGACGCUGAGAGGGCCGUUUGGAUACAAAGGUUCCUCAGUGUGGGAUCUGCAGGGCACGUUCUUCAGGGAAAAACCAUCGGAAAACAAGGGAAUAAAAAACUCCGGAUCGUCGGAAUGCAUCUCA